AUGGGUGCACCGAAGGAAGCCUCCGCUCCAACUAUAGAGCCACAUCAGACUGGUGCGGCUCCACCUCCUUACAACCCGUCGAUGGCGGUAUCUUACGCCGCCAGCAAUCCUGAAUUCGCGGCGAAUCAACCUCCUUACGCGCCAGUCAACACUACUCCGUACUAUUCACCAGCUCAAGGUUAUCCAAUGCCUCAGCAAGCUGGGCCAGCUCUUCAGCCUGGAUAUCACCUCGUUUCGCAACAGCCUGUUCAGAACACAAUGCACGUUCAGCAGCAAUUCAACGAAGAUCCCCCUAGUGUCUGCCCUCUUGUCUUUGUCUGGUGUUGUGGCGGAUGGCCCUGCGCAGUUCUUGCCUGCAUUUACUACUUUCAAGCGAAAGGUGCCUACGAUAGAUCCGAUUCAACAGGCCUGAUUCGUUACAACAGCCGCUACAAAUACGCUGCCUUCGUUGGAAUCGGCCUUGCCAUUAUUGUCAUUAUUAGCGCAAGGUACAACUUCCAUCAGUUUCUCAACGAUGUCAAAGAGGUGCCUUCGAAUUCGUCCACGGAGUAUGGCACGGACUAUGACUCUUCUUCGUACUACUGA